AUAUAUAUAUAUAUAUAUAUAUAUAUAUAUUCACAUGGCUUCUGGGUCAUGUUCGUAAUAUGUGCCAACCCAAGUUCCGAAUUUUAUUGUGCUUGUGUUAAGUAGAACUAGAACUGCAUGUUUUACUUAUCGGCUCUGGGUUAUGUUAACGGCGUAGUAUCCGUUCUCAUAAUAGUAAAUCCACUUAAAUGUAAAAUCUUCAACUUUCAAACCAUCAAGUUGCAUUUCAGUCGUUUAUUCAAUGGAAAAUGGAUCGUUUGGAUCUACAGUAAUGAAAAUCCUGAUUCCUGGUGAUCGUCUGCUAUAUAUGUAGAAUCAAACGUUUCGGUAUACUAAGUGCUCAGCCGUAAUUUGAACAUAAUAGCUAUAUUAUUUUUAGUUAGAAUUUGCGUUAAAGCGACUGCAUUCAAUGUUUUUUUUUUUGCGCCGGUACAUAUUUAUACUUGAAUUGCAGGUGAAAGUCACUGUGUUGUAAAAAUAAAAUAAAAUGUGAACCAGUCCUCAACAGUGUUCCGUAAAUUAAACUAGUAAUUUUUUUAUCAGGAAAAACCAUUCCUUUGACAGUCAUGGCUCGGACUAGUCAAACGAAGGAACAUGAAAUAAUCCAAACUGUGGCGGUAAGAAAGUUACCAGCAAAUAUGGAUGAAGAUACGCUCAGAAAAAUUGUCCCAUCAGCUAAAACAUUGGUUCUGCGCAAACGAACAGAUUCAUUUAAAGCUCUCAUCACAUUUUCUACGCACAAAGGCUAUGUUGAUGCAUUAUGUCGUCUAAGAAGAACUAAUUUUAAUGGUAUCAAGCCAGUGAUAUCAUCUUUUUAUCCACAAUCUAAUGAUAAAUGUAAAAUUGAGCCAGAAAAUGUUGAGUUAACUAUUCAAGAUUUACCAAAAACAAUUACUCUAUCUCAGCUCAAAAAAGAAUUCCCCACAGCAGUAUCUAUAAAACUGAGAGUAGAUUUAUGGGAUAUAGGAAACCGCUCAUGUUUGUUAAAAUUUCAAUGUUCUGAAGAUCUCGAAGAUGUAUUUGAAUCAUGCCGUCAUAGAAUGAUUGGUGGUCAAACUAUAAAAGCAGUUGUCGGCGCCCAAUCAACACUUCACUAUGAAUUAUCUGGAGCCGAUGAUAUACAAGGUGUUUGUGGAAUUAAACUUCUUCAAGUUUCCAAGGAGAUUGAUGAUGAUAAAAUCCGUGAACAUUUUCCUAAAGGUUCUUUAGUUGAAUAUCGUUCAGUGUCUAAUAAUGAUUCAAAAAACACUAGAAAUGUAUUCAUUCGUUUCAAGAAACAACCAUUUAAUUGGCCACUUAUUAUAAUGCUUAAAAAUAACGUAUUUCUUGGAAAACAUUUCGCAGUUCGCCCAUGGGAUUAUGAUUCAAAGCCAACAGAAACUCAUGGCGAGGAGGAGAAACACUCUGAAAAAGAAACUGAGGAUGGUUCAUCCAAUAAAUCAGACGAAUGCAGCUACAGUAAUUCUGAUAUCGAAAUGAAAUGUGAAAAACUUGUUUUUUCUGAAAUUGCACCUCAAUAA